CCAGACACAAUCUGUGCACAUUUCACGCGUUAUCAUCAACAAGACAUCGUCAUCCACGUUGGACGUGACACACCAAGAUAACUUGGAAUGGGUAAACAAAAUAGCAAACUUAAGCCAGAGGAGUUGGCCGACCUUAGAAAUGCUACACAGUUUAACGAACAAGAACUACAGGAAUGGUACAAAGGGUUUCUCAAAGAUUGUCCAUCGGGCCAUUUGUCAGUAGAAGAAUUUAAAAAAAUCUACGGCAACUUUUUCCCCUAUGGUGACGCGUCCAAAUUUGCCGAGCACGUUUUCCGUACAUUUGAUGCUAACGCAGAUGGGACGAUUGAUUUCCGAGAAUUCAUCUGCGCUCUGUCGGUAACUUCUCGUGGCAAGCUUGAGCAGAAGCUAAAGUGGGCUUUUAGUAUGUACGAUUUGGAUGGCAAUGGCUACAUCUCAAGACAAGAAAUGCUAGAGAUUGUUACUGCUAUCUACAAAAUGGUAGGCUCCGUCAUGAAAAUGCCCGAAGACGAAAGUACACCAGAGAAACGCACCGACAAGAUCUUCCGACAAAUGGACAAGAAUGUCGACGGAAAACUCUCGCUGGCCGAGUUCAUCGAGGGAGCAAAGAGUGACCCAUCUAUUGUAAGACUGCUUCAGUGCGAUCAGUCAGCAGGAGCAGCGCAAUAGUGGACUAUAUAAUUCUAUUCUUACUGAAAAGCUAGUUUCUACUUUGCAGAAUAAAGGUUGACUUUGUUUACUUAGAGACAAUUUUGUGUCCAGAUAGAAUUACUUGUAUAUCCGGAUCUGUUUGGAUCCAAAAGACUAGCAUUAUCUUUUUCCGAACAUAAGCUCCUGUGAGCGUAAAACAUGGAAACUAAAUGUCCUGUACCGAAAUAUUCAACAGUAUACUAAACGUCUUUACAAUCGUCUCUAUAACAAAUUAUAUCAACCAGUUGUAUUCCAUGGUUUUUAAAAGACUGUAUUUUACGUGCGAAAACAGUUAUCUAGAUCUGGAGGUUGUUACUGGCCAAAUGUUGCAUGCAAGUUUUUUAAGUUUUUCUUGCUCUUUUUCCUGACGUUUAGAGCGAUAUUAUUGUCAGUUAAAAUAAAAGUUGGUUAACAUAUU